CAAAGAUUUUAAGGAGAGCUACUGGAUAUGGUGUUUCUCAUCUUUGCGCGCUUCGUGCACGUGGGACAGAUUUCCUGGAGAAGAAAUCUAAAACUCUUCUAGCGCCAUCAGAUGUGGAAAAAUAAGCCCCGGGCGUCCACUCCCGUCGCACGCGUCAAGAUGAUCAGCCGCGGACUCCUAGUUCUCUGCGCCGCGCUCCUGGCGCACGGACUCGACUCCUCCGCCGGAAACACCCCCGCCGGAAAUGCCCUGACCGGAAACGUCCCGCCCGCCGUCCUCGCCUCCGGGAAGAGCUCCGCGGAGGCCGCCUCCGCCAGCCUCAAAGCAACCCCCGUUUCCGGUAAAAGCGCCCCCAUCACCGGCGACUCCAGCUCAGUGGAAAGCGUCCCUUACAUCAACUACACCCCCGUUUCCGGUAGAAGCGCACCCCUGACCGGCGAUUCCAGCUCCGCGGAAAGUGUUUCAUCCAUCAGUUCUUCGUCCGCUUCCGGUAAAAGUUCAGAAAGCGCGUCGUCCAGUGCUAUCAACCCUACGUCCGUUUCCGAUAAAAGUGCGUCCGUGACCAGUGCUUCUUCGGAAAGCGCGUCGUCCAGCGGAAGUACCCUGAACCCCACCCCUGUUGCCAGUAAAAGUGUAUCUACCAGUGACUCCAGCUCGUCUUCGGAAAGCGCGUCGUCUAGCGGAAGUUCUGCGAACUCCACCCCCGUUUCCGGUAAAGGUGUCGUUUCCGGCAAAGGCUCCUCGGAGAGCGCCGCGCUGACCGGAAGUGCCGACAUGUCUUCCGGCUCCUGGGAGACCAUCCUCCCUGACGGCAGCAACCCUAGCUCGGUUGUAGCGUUCGCCGGCGAGAGCGCCGACAUGGAGCCUGCCGCCUCUUCGAACGCCGAGGCUAAGGCCGAGGCAAAGGCAUCCCCCAGCCCGAAGAACAAGUCCAACCCGAAGAGUGAGUACGAGAACAUCUCCAAGCCCAAAACCACGACGGCGCCUUCGAAGGAUGACAGCGAGGAUAGCUCCGACGGGGACGACAGCGAUGACACGGAGACGAACGGUCAUGGAGAGACCCACCAGGACCAGCAGCUCUCGAAGCCCAACUCGACGGAGAAACCCAAGACCAAACCGGAGUCUUCUUCCAUCAUGACCGUGACGAAGAGCCCGAAGAACUCGACGAGUUCCUCCGGGAACAAAACCACGAUCGCGCCCCCGCAAACCGGAGGUUCCGGGUCCCAGACCCUCCAGUCCGGCGAGGACCAGUCCGGGGCAGAUCACGUGACCUGCGGUGCCCUCGCCCUUCUGGCCGUGUGCGUGCACUUUGCACUUUCGUACUGACCGCGAGUCCCGACUGCAGACUGUCUUGUGCCACGUACGCUUCUCUGCCAUCCAUUCUGUCCAAAGUGAUGAUUUUUCGUACUAAAUUAUUGUGAAUGUGAUCCAAUUUUGUUCAUUUAAAUAUGUUUUGGUUUUCUAA